AUGAAGAGAAAGCGUGAGGAGCUUGAGGAUACGGAAGUACUUGACGAACGUUCCGUUAAAAGAUUGCACAAACUACUAAAGCAGUCCAAUGAGGAAAAUGAUCUCGUUCCUAAGAGGAAGAAGAUUGAGCCGAUAAGCCUCGGAGAGGAUGAAUCGUCCGACGAAGAAGCUGAAGAUGUUAGUGUCAAGCCAGCCCUUUAUGGAGACGAUGGAAGUGAAUACAAUGACGAGUGGGAAAAGUUCUUCAAGCCUAAUGCCGACGGCGAUGGUGCAUACUCAAAUGAACUUCUUCAAAACAUUGAUGAGGCAAAAUCGGUGGUGGCUGAGGAAAUGUCUGAUUUUUGCGGCAGUUUUGCUGGUGAUUUGGAUGACCUCAAAGCUAUUGAUGACAUUGAGACGCUGCCCGAGGAAUUAAAGGAUCAUAUUCGUUUGUUGAAAGAUGUUAUGUCUCACUUUCGCAGCGGCCCGCUCCCCAAGACCAUCAAAAUGCUCCCCCAUCUGCCUGGAUACGAAAGCCUUUUAGAAAUGCUGUCGCCUCUUGAAUGGACUAACCACGUGUUUCCGCGUGUGGUUAAGAUCUUCGCAUCUAAAGGAAACGAACAGGCUCUGUGCUUUUACGAAAAUUACCUACUUCCAAAAGUACGUGAUGAUAUUGCCAAGAACCGACGUCUAUCGGUCCAACUAUUCGAGGCCUUAAUCACCUCCAUAUUUCGGCCGGAGGAAUUUGUUGCAGGCAUUUUCCUCCCCUGGAUAAGGUCGGACAUGAGUAAGACAGAGGGCAUUAUUCUCUCGCAUCUGCUCAAAAAAGCCUCCAUCAGGGCGCGUUUUGCCGCUGUUGCCUUGGCUCUCACCUGCGAAGAAGAAUUCUCCAUUCCUCGCUCCAUGAUCAUCGAGGCGAUUCUUAACAAGAAAUACAUCAUGCCGGAAGCCGCCAUCAGUCACCUUAUCGCCUAUUUCACCUCUUUCGACAAGGACUGUUCGGCCUACUUCACAGACGAAGGCAGGAUGCCGUUGACGUGGUUCCGGAGUCUCCUGACCUUCCUGGAGUUCUACCGCGACGGCGUGUGUCCCGGCGAGCGUGAGCAGCUCAUUCGACUCUGCCGACGCCACGAGCAUCCGUCCAUCACCCCGGAAAUUCGCGCCCUCAUCGGCCUCAUUCCCACCGAACCCAAAGUGUAG